AUGACACACAAUACAACAACCUCACCAGUCAGCACAACAGAUACAACAUACAAAACAACAACCUCACCAACCAUACAAUACAACAACCUCACCAGUCAGUACAACAGAUACAACACACAACAUAAGCUCACCAGUAAGCACAACAGGUACAACACACAAUAUAACAACCUCACCAGUAGGCACAACAGGUACCUUCAACAAUAUACCAACAUCACCAAUCAAUACAACAAAUAUGACACACAAUAUAAUAAUCCCACCACUAAACACAACAGGUACACCAUACAAUACAACAACCUCACCAGUCAGCACAACAGAUACAACACACAACAUAAGCUCACCAGUAAGCACAACAGGUACAACACACAAUAUAACAACCUCACCAGUAGGCACAACAGGUACCUUCAACAAUAUACCAACAUCACCAAUCAAUACAACAAAUAUGACACACAAUAUAAUAAUCCCACCACUAAACACAACAGGUACACCAUACAAUACAACAACCUCACCAGUCAGCACAACAGAUACAACAGACACUAUAAUAACCUCACCAGUAAGCACAACAGGUACAACACACAACAUAACAAGCUCACCAGUCAGCACAACAGGUACCUUAAACAAUAUACCAACAUCACCAAUCAAUACAACAAAUAUGACCCACAACAUUAUAAUCCCACCAGUAAACACAACAGGUACACCAUACAAUACAACAACCUCACCAGUCAGUACAACAGAAACAACAUACAAUUUAACAACUACACUGGUCAGUAUAAUAGAUCCAACACACAACAUAACAAGCUCUCCAGUCAGCACAAAAGAUACCUUAAACAAUAUACCAACAUCACCAAUCAAUACAACAAAUAUGACACACAAUAUAAUAAUCCCACCGGUAAGCACAACAGGUACAACACACAAUACAACAACCUCACCAGUCAGCACAACAAAUACAAAACACAAUAUAACAAGCUCACCAAUCAGCACAACAGUUACUUCAAACAAUAUACCAACAUCACCAAACAGUACAACAAAUAUGACACACAAUAUAAUAAUCCCACCAGUAAGAACAACAGGUUCACCAUACAAUACAACAACCUCACCAGUCAGCACAACAGAUACAACACACAAUAUAACAAACUCACCAGUCAGCACAAUAGAUACAACACACAAUAUAACAAGCUCACCAGUCAGCACAACAGAUACAAAAAACAAUAUAAGAACCUCACCAGUCAGCACAACAGGUACAUCAAACGAUAUACCAACAUCACCAAACAGUACAACAAAUAUGACACACAAUAUAAUAAUCCCAACCGUCAGCGCAACAGAUACACCAUACAAUACAACAACCUCACCAGUCAGCACAACAGAUACAACACACAAUACAACAACCUCACCAGUCAGCACAACAGGUACAUCAAACAAUAUACCAACAUCACCAAACAGUAUAACAAAUAUGACACACAAUAUAAUAAUCCCACCAGUAAGCACAACAGUCAGCGCAACAGAUACACCAUACAAUACAACAACCUCACCAGUCAGCACAACAGAUACAACACACAAUAUAACAAGCUCGCCAAUCAGCACAACAGAUACAACACACAAUAUAACAAGCUCGCCAAUCAGCACAACAGAUACAACAAACAAUAUACCAACAUCACCAAUUAUUACAACAAAUAUGACACGCAAUAUAAUAAUCCCACCAGUCAGCACAACAGAUACAACACACAAUACAACAACCUCACCAGUCAGCACAACAGAUACAACACACAAUAUAACAAGCUCGCCAAUCAGCACAACAGAUACAACAAACAACAUGAGAACCUCACCAGUCAGCACAACAGGUACACCAUACAAUACAACAACCUCACCAGUCAGCACAACAGAUACAACACACAAUAUAACAAACUCACCAGUCAGCAAAACUGGUACCUCAAACAAUAUACCAACAUCACCAAUUAUUACAACAAAUAUGACACGCAAUAUAAUAAUACCAACAGUCAGCGCAACAGAUACACCAUACAAUACAACAACCUCACCAGUCAGCACAACAGAUACAACACACAAUACAACAACCUCGCCAGUCAGCACAACAGAUACAACACACAAUAUAACAAGCUCGCCAGUCAGCACAACAGAUACAACAAACAAUAUAAGAACCUCACCAGUCAGCACAACAGGUACCUCAAACAAUAUACCAACAUCACCAAUUAG